AUAUGUCAUUUCAAUAAAUUUAAGGUUAGUUUUUCGAUCUGACAUUAGAAAAUGUUCGUUUUCUUUCCAUAAGAAAAUAAUACAACCAAUUUAUUACAAUGUCAGAUAUUACUCAACAAGAAAAAACACAACAAAACGAAGAAAUCGUUGAAAGUCUCAUAAACGAUCUCAACAUCACAAAAAAUGACAUCAACAAAGAAAACACUGAAUCAUUAAAAUCUGGCGAUGAUAAUCCCAACAUAAUCCCGGACGAUUUCGAAAAAGAUGAUGAUACCCCUAAAGAUCCUUUUAUAAUCGACGAGGUCGACGAAGAAGAAUUAAAACUUCAACAAGAAAGUUUAACAGAAGACCAAAAAGAAUCACUCCACAAAGAAGCAUUGGAGUUUAAACAAAUUGGUAAUGAAGAAUUUAAAACAGAAAAAUAUUUAGAAUCUAUAAAUAACUAUACCAAAGCAUUAAAUAUUUGCCCUUUGGCAUAUUCCAAUGAUAGAGCAAUUUUUUAUUGUAAUCGAGCAGCUUCCAAAAUGAAACUACAAAGGGAUGAUUUAGCCAUUGAAGAUUGCACGAAAGCGAUUACUUUAAACGGUAAUUAUUUAAAAGCUUAUGUUCGUAGAGCUAAAUUAUACGAGGGGAAAGAUAAAUUAGAUGAGAGUUUGGAAGAUUACAAAAAAAUCUUAGAAUUAGAUCCUGGGAAUGGUGAGGCAAGAGCUGCUUGUGUUCGAUUACCUCCAAUGAUACAUGAAAGAAAUGAAAAACUUAAAACAGAGAUGCUAGGGAAAUUAAAAGAUUUUGGAAAUUUACUUUUGAAACCUUUUGGAUUGUCAACAGCUAACUUUCAACUUCAACAAGAUCCAAAUAGUGGAGGAUAUUCUGUUAAUUUUCAACAAAAUAAACCUAGUUAAUAUUUAGCAUUUAUAUUUUGAAAAAAAUGUAUUUAUUAAG